AUGGCAGGCGAACGAUUCCAAGUGGGCUGGUAUCGAUGGGUGCCAUUCCUCGGAUAUCAUCAUGUCUUGAUGAUUCUAAUAGCAGUUGCCAUCAUCUUGCUAUAUGCAGCGUUACUACUCGCAGGAUGCUCGUCAUCCUCCCCUCUGAUACCAGACAUAUUCCUGCUCUCUCUGUACUACUCGGAUUACACGCCGACACCCGACACUGCACAGGUCGACUACAAUGGUUAUCAAGCCAUUAGCAACAUUGUUGGCUCGGCCCACCUCCAAGCACGUGUAGGCUACUUUGGUAUCUGCGUCAAUCCCGACGGUGGAUCUUGGCUCUGCUCCAACAAUGCGACCGCGCUCGCCAAUGAGGUUUCCGUGGACCAGGAUCCUCUGAACCUGAUUUGGUUGGCGUCUCAGUUCAAAGACAUGAUUGUGUUUCCAUACCUGAUCAUCAUUGCCAUCAUCUUUGCCUUUAUCUGCUUCUUGCUUCUAGCCACCUUUCCCGGAUGGCACGAGGAGGAAGACUCGGAGGACAGCGUACGCGAGAUCAAGCCAUUCCCCAGCAGACCAGUCUCUCAGAUUGCACUCGCCAUCAUCUUUAUUGCCAGCAUCUUUGUCCUGGUAUCGGUCCUGUGGCAACAUACGGCAUCCGUGGCGGCAAGCAUCAUUGCUCAAGACUUUGGCAACGGCAGCGUCUUGUCAGGCGUAGGCACAAGUGCCAUGGUCAUGGGCUGGUUCAGUUUCACGCUGCUCAUCAUUGUCACAAUCGGUCUCCUGGUCAUGAUUCUGAGUAUCAGAGUAUUGACACGAAUGGCUGAUUGA